UAUGGAUUAGGGAUAGUUUUUGAUAUUUUAUAUUCCAACAAUUUCAAUUUUACGCAAUUUGUCUAGUCUUUAAUUCUUAUUUUUGAAUACUGUGAUCAUCAUUUCUCGUAGAAAACUUAUACCAAAAAUCAAGUUCUCAGUAUUAAUUUAUAGUUCCUUUGUAGAUUUAGUAAUAAUUUUAAAGACUGCACACUAUCCUAUUAUUUAAAAACCGGCUUUAAUUGUGCACUUUAUACCUGACCAUAAUUAUAAGAUGGAAAAUCAGAAAAUAUUGGAUGCAGAAACCAAUUUAACAGAAAACGAUCAGAAAACUUUUUCUUCAGAUACUGAUGAUAGAGAUGGAUCUGAUGGAUUAAAACACAAAUAUGAAAAUGCUAUUGAUGAUGACCUUAUCGUUGUACCAGAGAAAACAGUCAAUGCUGAAAAAACAGCUUCCCUUGAAAACACCUUUGAGGUAAUUGAUCAGGAAUCCAAAGCAGUUCACAAUGUUCAGGAAGAAGAUGAAGAUAAUAACAUAUUUGACGAAGAAAAAGAUAACUUAUUUGAAAUUGAUCAUCCAUCGUCUCAUACAAAAAUUGAGGAUCUUACAACUUUCCCAAAAUUAGAAUCUCCAAAAGCAGAAGAACCAGAAUUUUCUGAAAAUUUAGAACCUAUGAUAGCAGAUAAUACAAAAGCAUCGAUUAUUCAAGAGAUUGAACCUGUGAAUACUGUGCAGUCCAAUUUGAAAAUUUCAGAGACUCCAGAAAUUGUUCAAAAAGUGUCUACUAAGAAAGAUACUGAUGAAGGAGAUGUAUGUGACAUAAAGAUUGGACCUGAUGAACUAUUUUGUAGAAUCGGAUUAGAUAAAUGGUUUAAUCCUGAGAAAUUACCACCAAAAGGUAUGUUCUAUUUUAUUAAUAUAACUUAA